AUGUGGGUUAAACGUUAUCUUCUGUUUGUUUUAUAUGCGUUGUUGAACCAUGUUCCGAAGACAGUAUGGGCGAUAUUGCAAGUGGUGAUGGAUAUAUUUUCGUUUUGGUUUCAAAAGUUCUUUGCAUCUUUAAGGCCGACAUCCAGGACGAUGUAUCACGAUGCUAUUGCUGAAUUGGAGCAAUGUAUGACGUAUGAAGAAUGGUAUGAGAGUUCUAGGAUUGUGGAUGAGAUAACAGGGGCGGAUCUCUGGCGGCGGAAUUUUGUGUCAAAACGGUACGAUUUUAAUUCGGUGUUGGAGCAAUACGAGGUAAUAACGGAGGCGUUAGAUGAUCGGGAUGCAGAUUUUUUGAUACAGAGGUUUUCAACUGUUGGGCCGGCCAUGUUACGUAACUUUGCUGGAAUUUUGGAUAAGCGACUUUUUACAAAGUCACUUUGCGGAACAAAGUUACUUAUUGAACUGUAUGUUGACAAAGUGUUGGAGUGUCUCCAGUAUCUAAGUGAAUCUCCCCGGCAAGUUCCCUCCUCCUUUUUUCAGCGAUGCAAGUUGUCUUUGGGGACUACGGCUUUGGUACUUCAGGGCGGGUCACUUUUUGGGUUAUAUCAUCUUGGGGUGAUAAAAGGACUUUUAAUGCAAAAAUUGCUACCAAAUAUCAUCAGCGGCAGUUCUAUGGGUGCUUGUAUUGCAAGUUUUUGUGCGACGCUUACCAAUGAAGAGUUAGAAGAUAUAUUCAUAGAGAACAAACUCCUUGCGAUGAUUAAAGAGGAUAUCGCACUUUUGAAACAAUGCGGUUAUGGUAAUAUCGAUCAAAAUUUGAGCUUAGGAACGCUUAUUCAAAAUGUAGUGCAUAAAAGCAUUUCCAAGGAUGUCUAUUUGUUUAUCCAGUAUGUGAAGAAAAACGUUGUCAAGGAUCAAACAUUUGAAGAGGCGUUUCAACAUACCGGUAAAAUUUUGAAUAUUGUUGUACACCCCACUGACCGCAAUGUUUGUCCUACUCUACUCAAUUACGUUACUACGCCAAAUGUGUUAAUUUCUACGGCUAUUGACUGUAGUCUUGGCUCAGAUGUUGUAUCCAGUGACACCAAACUAUUGUGCAAGAAUUUGCAAAAUGAAGUUGUAGACUAUCAACUAUCUGACAAACCGAUUAGUUUUUUGGCGCCUCAGAAUGUUACAGAGACAGGGUUCUUGACAUCACCGUAUACGCGGUUGACAGAACUCUACAAUGUCAACAAUUUUAUAGUCUCAUUGGCAAGGCCGUAUCUCGCUUCCUUGGUCAUGAGCGACCUUAAGCAUGAAAUAAAAACAUCGAAGUACUACUACUAUAAGUCCUAUCCUAGGUAUGAUCUGGGAACGCUUUCACCAAAACAUCUUUUUAACUUAGAAGAUGUAGAACCAUUGGCAUUUAAGGUGAAAUACCACAUCGAAAGGAAACUAAAACAUAUCCUUACAUUAGAACUUCGUCAUCGUGUGGACGUCUUGGGUAACCUUGGGUUGCUGUCACAUUGGAUCAAGAAAUUUGCUAUUGAUGAAAAGAUCCCCAGAACAGCAACCGAGGUUACGAUCGUCCCUAAACUGAAAUCCUUAAGUGUCAGCAGGGUUAUCGAAGGACAGUUAGAUAACAUUCCUUACUGGAUCCUUUGUGGGGAACAAAGCUGCUGGCCAGUACUACCACUAAUAAAAACACGCUGUGCAGUCGAAUAUACCUUGGAUGAUAUCAUUAAACAGAGAAAAGGCACUCUAAUAUCCUGA